AUUUUGGUGUGAAAAAGUAAACAAUAUUUUGUGGUUGAUUUUUCAUGGGAAAAUCCUUUGUGAGAGCCAUGAAUUUGAUACAGAAAACCUUUUCACCCACUGGCAAAUCACAUUCAGCCACUGUCAUCUUCUUUCAUGGCUCGGGCGACACUGGAAGUAACCUUGUGGAGUGGAUUCGCUUCCUGCUGGGUCAAGACAUGACCUUUGGUCACAUUAAGGUCGUCUUUCCCACGGCGCCGCUGCAGAAAUACACUCCACUAGACGGUGAACUCUCAAAUGUCUGGUUUGACCGGAAAUCCAUCUCAAUUGAGGCCAAAGAGUGCCGGCUGUCGCUGGCGUCUAUCUACGAGACUGUGGCGGAGCUGCUGAAGACUGAAAUUGAUUCCGGAAUCGCUGAGCAUCGCAUAAUUGUUGGUGGAUUCUCAAUGGGAGGCGCUCUGGCCAUGCACACGGGCUUCCACAUCAAUCAGUCACUGGCCGGUGUGUUUGCCAUCUCGGCCUUCCUCAACAAAGGCUCUGUGGUGUACGAUUCACUGAAGACCAGGACAAAUGCGGACAAAUCACUGCCGAACUUCCUGAUGUUCCACGGCGAUCGGGACUCUCUCGUGCCCCUGAAGUGGGGCAAGGAGACGUUUGACAACUUGCUGGAUCACGGCGUUCGCGGAACUUUCGUUCCUGUUCGCAAUACAAUGCACGAGCUGAAGAAAUCGGAACUUCUACAACUCAAGGACUGGAUCUCGACGGUUUUGCCGCCCCUCGAGAGUGAUCUGACGAACAAAUUGUGAGUGGAAAAUGGAAAUUGAGGUGGAAAAGGCAUGAUUGGGCUGAUAAAUUGGGUUUAGUGUUAAGCAAUCGACAGAUUGAAGCAGAUUUGGAUGCGAAUUUAAGACUUCCUUUUCCCUUAUUCAUUCCUCAGUGUGUUAUUCCCAGAAUUUUCAUGAUUUUCUACAACAGUAAAAUGAAAGAACAAAUCCAAAUUGAUUCCAGCUUGUUUCUUGGCUUGAAUUCAGUGUUUUUAUGCAAAUUUGCUAUCCAAAAUUGCUUCAUCUUUCGCUAUUUUAUUAUAGCACAAAUGCAAAAUUGAGACAGAAAUAUUUUUUAUAGGCAUAGAAAUGCUAGACUUUGGUGAAAAUGACUUGAUUGC